AUGGCUGAGAAAGUGCGCAUUUUAAAGCAAUCUCUCAGCCACGAUUUUUUCAUGACCCUCCAGUCGCGGAUGCUGCCUGCCAUGAGGGCAGAUCCGGACUGGUUGGUAGCGUAUGCUAAAUUGUACGCUGGGGGCUGGCCACGAUUCAGCAAAGACGAUAAGGUGGCAGUCACUGCCUCUUUCGCUCGCUCCUUGAGGCAGGACCCCGAACGCAUGUUCGAGGUCCUCCAAGGGCUCGUGGUGUUUAUGUGUGGGCGCUCGCUGCUCACCGUCCUGGUUUCUGAAGUGGAGGCACAGUGUUAG